AUGCUGCCUCCUGACCUCCCAUCUGUUACCCAGGGCGCAAUUGCUCAUUCAGCUUCUGGUUCCAUGACAUCACAAUUCCAUUCCUCUUCUCCUCCCCCCACUUCUGGCCCUAUGGCCAAGGAGACUUGUCUUCGACCUCGUCACUCCGGGCAGAAGAACAAAAUGAUUCCUCCUCCACUCCCAUCAUUGCCAUUUUUUGGCCCAAAUGAACUUCCUGGCCCAGGUGCUGGCUCCAUGACCGAGAAACUUCCUACUUCGUUUUCUUCACUCGAUGCCUCCCAGGAAAAGGGCCAGACAAGGUUCCCCAGCUCACAGUCCACGCGAGGUAUCGGUGGUCAUGCUGCACAACUGCAAAAAACUGGCGAAACUCUAAUGGCCCCAACAAGGCGCAAGAAGGCAGACAAUCUCAAUAUCAGCAACUCUGAAGAAAAUCCAAUGGCUCCUUCACAACUCAAGAGAUGCAAGGAAAAAGUUGCACACUCCAAAGACUUCUCCCGCCCUUCAGAUAGGUUUGGUUUCAAGCUGUCCCAGUCCCAGGCAACCCAUCCCGUCGGUCACAAUCACAAGGAAACCGGUAGUGACGUCGCAGAGCAGGAUUUGGAAAAUCAUAGUGGAUCGGGAGACUUGGAUGAUUUUGACGAGUGGGGGAAGAGUGCCAAUGAACACGAGACGCAAGAUGAAAGACGAGCAGCUGACGAUGAUUUCGGGGAGUACGACAAUGGUCCAGCUUUGACUGAUUCACCCCCAGGGGAUACGAUCCCUUAUGAUGUCCUUCAACACCAUCAAGCAAAGAACGGACGUCGCAAGGCUCCUUCCCUGACCUGUUUAUCAAGCAACUCUCACGGCCACACUCUGACAAGUAACACCUUUGGUCGUUCGAAGUCUCCUCGCCAAUAUUCACCCAAACAUAUCCCUCGUUGUUGGUCCCCUGAGACACGUACUUCUUCCACUCACCUCAAGCCUCCCCAGCGUGCACCUCGAAAAGGGCCAUCUGCAAAGGCUGGUUCUGCCCAUGGGGGUCGUGAUCCCACGUCCCGUCUCCGCGUUCAAGCAGGGGUUGUGAUCCCACAUCCUGUCCAUCUCGUCAACGCUCCCAAACUCGGUCAACGACUGUCUUUACUCACUCAAGGUCUCCGCGUUCAAGCAGGGGUCGUGAUCACACUUUCCGCAGGACCGUCUCCUUCACAAUACUCCCCAGCUCAGUCAACAACCAUUUUCACUCGCUCAAGAUCUCCACAUCGGAGUACAUCCCAUGGAUCAUCUCCUGGACAUUCCUCAUUGCGGCCACCAGAUAGGCGAGCCUCUCGAUUCAAUCACUCGCAGUCUCAUACCCCUGUUCCAAGCUGUUCUCACUCGCAUACUCGUAGUCCCACACCUGAAUCAAGGAACAGAGACAAACCCAUGAACAAGCAGACGAAUCCUUCGAAACUUGGGUUUUAUCCACCAUGUUGGCAAGCAUUUCUCCAGGCCGCCAAAUUAGAAAUGCGCUUGCAAGCUGUUCUGACUCAUCCUGUCCCAGAGCAUCAGCAUGCGCUACAGCUCGCGCGAGAAGUCUUAGAUGCAGUAUUAUGGAGUUACCAUUCGAAGAAGAUCAAAAUGGAAAACGGGCACAGAUGUCGCGCCUUAUCCGAAGAUCCGGAUCUCAGAUCCGAUCCAGAUCUGAUGGACAUAUCCGUCGUCCGGUCCACAGAUCCGAUCUAA